GUGGUGGGCGCCCACGCUCCGUCGCUUUGCUUCGUCUCGGCCCUUAGACAGCUCCACACCAUAGCAUAGCCUCCAGGCUCCAAGUACAGGAGUAGGGAAGCAUCUCCCACAUCAUUCGACGAGCGGCGCUAGCUGCUUGGAGCCUUGGAUCCAUGGAGUCCCCGCAAAAGAAGGCUGCAUCCAUGGACGGAAGCAAGACGCCUCAUCUGCCGCCGGUGACCGUGGCCAAGAAGACGCCUCGUCCGGAUGUUGUCCGAGAGGUCAACGAGUGGGUGCUCGUGACCGCCGGCAUCUUCGUGUUCUCCUUCGGCUUGGCCUACGCACUCGUGCUCUUCCACGUCCCCUGCAGCCAGGAAGCUGUGAUGAACGCCCUUGGCAUCGGGAUGCUGUGCUGCGUCGCGCUCCAGGCGGCCGCAGCGGUGCUGGCGCUGCGUCUCCAGUGCCGCCGUCGCUGGGUCCGCCGUGCCCUCCCCUACCUCGCGCUCGCGCUCACCAGUGGCGGCCACUGCUUCUACGCCGCGCUAGCCCGCCUCUUCCUCGUCGCCGACCCAGGAGACCUCUUCUUCAGGAUCUGCUCAACCGUGGGCAUCUUCGUCUACGCGGCGGGAGACAUCAUCAGCUUCCUGGCCCUCCUGCUCAGCCGCGAGGAGUAGGACUGGGAAGCAGGGCAAGCACCAAGCAGCGGAUCAUGUCUAUGGAUCAGCUCGUGACACAUGAGUUACUGAUGAUGAGUGACUGAUGAAUAUUGAGUGCGAUAACGUAGAGUGUGCAUUAUGCUAGCUGCGACGAUUGAUCGAGUCCCCUGCCCUAUGUGUGUGUGAAUUUACUAGUGUACUACCCUGUGUGUGAAUUACUGAAUUGUGGUCGUCUUUGAUGCAGUAGUAUUUGACCUUUUCUCUGUAUGACCAGACAUCAUUUAUAUGCUUAUUUAUCCAGCUUCGGUAUAUUUAAUUA